GAUACUGGAGGCCUCCUGUGGCUUCGUCUCUUCUCGCCCGGCAGCUGUCAUGGCAGCGCCCAGGAUUUGGGGGGUGGCGGCCUUCCUCUCGCUUCUCCUUCUCCUGCCGGCGGGCGCCGUCUACGAGGACCAAGUGGGCAAGUUUGACUGGAGGCAACAGUAUGUGGGAAAACUGAAGUUUGCUUCCUUGGAUGCUUCUCAAGGCUCCAAGAAGCUUAUUGUGGCCACAGAGAAGAACGUGAUGGCAGCUCUGAAUUCCAGGACAGGAGAAAUCUUGUGGCGCCAUGUGGACAAGGGGACACCGGAAGGGGUCGUAGACACCAUGCUAAUCCAUGGGCAAGAUGCCAUCACUAUUUCCAAUGGGGGUCGCAUCCUGCGCUCCUGGGAGACUAACAUUGGAGGCUUGAAUUGGGAGAUAUCCAUGGAAACAGGCAGUUUUCAGAUGGCUAGUUUGGUGGGACUUCAGGACUCCGUGAAAUAUGUGGCGGUCUUGAAGAAAGGUGCACUGUCCCUUCACUACCUCUCCAACGGCCAUCAGAAAUGGGUGGAGCAGUUACCUGACAGUGAAACUGUCCAGUAUCAGCUGGUGUAUUCCUAUGGAACGGGUGUGGUGUAUGUCCUCGCGGUCUCUCCUCAAAGUCACGUGAACGUCCUCGUCUUCAGUGUUGAAGAUGGCGAAAUUUCAAAACAGAGCAGAGUGGAAGCCCCCUGGGUGGGGAGCCUCAACCAGUCUUGCGCCGUCACAGGAGAGGCUUUGCUCGUGUGCGUGGACGUGGCCACAGCCUCCCUUUACAUCUCAUCCCUGGACUCCAAAGAAGAGAUGAAGGCGGUCCCGCUGGAGCCCCUUGAACUUAAGUUCACAGACACUUUCCAGCCCCGCCUGUGGGCCUCUCAGCCGAAUCCUGCCAGUGCUUCCCGAGCUCAGUUCUUCCUGCAGCUGUCCCCGACCCACUUUGCGCUGCUGCAGUAUCAGAACGGUUUGCUGAGCCUUCUCCGGGAUUUCCCGCAGGGAGGCCUUGUGACCUUUGCGACAACAAAUGAGAAGACGGUGGCCGCAGUCCUGACUUGCAAGGCGGAAACGGAGUUCUUGUCUUGCCACAACCAGUCGUAUGUGGUUAACUUAUACUUGGUAGAAACUGGGCAAAGACUAUUGGAUACCACCAUCUCCUUCACCUUGGAGAAAAGCAGUUCCAGGCCCGAGCAGCUCUACGUUCAGGUCUUUUUGAAGAAGGAUGAUUCUGUGGGUUACCGGGCUCUGGUGCAGACAGCUGAUCACAUGCUCGUAUUCCUCCAGCAACCAGGAAAAGUGCUUUGGAGCAGGGAAGAGUCUCUGGCAGAAGUGAUCAGUCUGCAGAUGGUGGAUCUGCCCCUGACGGGUGCGCAGGCCGAACUGGAAGGCGAAUUUGGAAAGAAAGCAGCCAUUCAAGACGGCCUCCUGGGCAUGUUCCUGAAACGCCUGUCCUCCCAGCUCAUCUUGCUGCAGGCCUGGACCGCUCACCUCUGGAAGAUGUUCUACGAUGCCCGCAAGCCCCGGAGCCUCAUCAAGAACGAGAUCAACAUGGACAACCUGGCCAGGGAUGAGUUUAACUUGCAGAAGAUGAUCGUGGUGGUCACGGCCUCCGGAAAGCUCUUUGGCAUUGAAAGCAGCUCUGGCACAAUCCUGUGGAAGCAGCACCUUCAAGGGGUGAAGCCGGGCUCCUCCUUCAAGCUGAUGGUCCAGAGGACAACGGCUCACUUCCCCCACCCCCCACAGUGCACCCUCCUGGUCAAGGACAAGGAGACCGGCCGGAGCUCCCUCUAUGUCUUCAACCCCAUCUUCGGGAGGUGGAGUCAGGUGGCCCCUCCGGAGCUGAGGCGCCCCAUCCUCCAGUCGCUGCUUCUGUCCAUCAUGGACCAAGAUUACGCUAAAGUGCUUCUCCUGAUCGACGAUGAGCACAAGGUGACUGUUUUCCCAGCAACGAGAAACGUCCUUCGGCAGUUGGAGGAAAUGGCCCCCUCCAUCUCGUUUUAUUUGGUGGACGCUGAACAGGGCAAGUUGACUGGCAGGCAGCUGCGCAAGGACUUGACCACAGAACAGAGCUGGGAGAUCACCAUCCCUACAGACAUACAGCGGAUUGUAACCGUGAAGGGGAAGAGAGCCAACGAACACGUCCACUCCCAGGGCCGCGUGAUGGGGGACCGCAGCGUGCUUUACAAGUCUCUGAACCCAAACCUGCUGGCAGUGGUGACAGAGAGCACCGACACCCACCACGAGCGCACCUUCAUCGGAAUCUACUUGAUUGACAGCGUCACCGGCCGGAUCAUCCACUCCUCGGUGCAGCGGAAGGCCAAAGGACCCGUGCACAUUGUGCAUUCGGAAAACUGGGUGGUGUACCAGUACUGGAACACCAAGGCCCGUCGGAACGAGUUCACGGUGCUGGAGCUGUACGAGGGGACCGAGCAGUACAACGCCACAGCCUUCAGCUCCCUCGACCGCCCGUUCCUGCCACAAGUCCUGCAGCAGUCGUACAUCUUCCCCUCGGCCAUCAGCGCCAUGGAAGUCACCAUUACAGAGCGGGGCAUCACCAGCCGCCACCUGCUCAUCGGGCUUCCCUCUGGAGCCAUUCUUUCGCUCCCCAAGGCUCUCUUGGAUCCACGGCGGCCGGAGAUCCCAACAGAGCAAACGAGGGAAGAAAACCUGAUCCCCUACUCCCCAGAUGUUCAGAUCCACGCCGAGAGAUUCAUCAACUACAACCAAACCAUAUCCCGAAUGAGGGGGCUCUAUACAGCUCCCUCAGGCCUGGAGUCCACGUGCCUGGUGGUGGCCUACGGACUGGACCUCUACCAGACCCGCGUCUAUCCAUCCAAGCAGUUUGAUGUCUUAAAGGAUGACUACGACUAUGUCUUGAUAAGCAGCGUGCUGUUUGGACUGGUCUUUGCCACCAUGAUCACCAAGAGGCUGGCCCAGGUGAAGCUGCUGAAUCGGGCCUGGCGAUAACCGGAGGAAGGAACUUGCCCGUGUGGAGCGGCUGAGCCCAGCAGUCACGCUGGGUUGUUGGCUGCCUUGGAAUGGGUGCUUGGAAUGGAAGCAAGGCCCUGGGGCUGUCAUCGCUCUUUCUUAUUGACUGGGUGUCUUGUCAAAAAAGCAAAAUGUUAACUGGUGAUGUCAAAAUUGGGAGGGGCAGGACAGGAAACUGUCUCUUGGGGGAGGUAUCGCAGGAAAAAAAAGAGUUUCCUACAAAUCCACAAGAAAAUGUGAAACUACUUUUCCCUAACCAAGGAGCCAUGUUUUAAAACUCUUUAUUGUGGAUCGACUUGUUUCCUUGAACCACCUUGAAGUCAGAUCAUAUAUGAGAAUCCUCUGCCUGUCUGACUGCUGAACUUUUGGUUGGGGGAGGAGGGAGGAAUAUUCUUUCACUCCAGCCAUUAUGCGAAAACAGCCUCUGGGAAUUUGAGGUUCCAGAAAGCUUGCCUGUGGUUUAGAGAUACUUUGCAAAUAUGUGGAAUGUUUGUGGGGUGGGCUACUUAGGGGAAAUCUGGGAGAUGAAUAGUAGUGACUAUGUAUGUGAAGGCAGAGCAGAGCCCUGUGAUGACUUCGGGGAAGCAAGAGGCGACCUGUCUGUUCCUCUAGUUGCACUGAAUGCGUCUUUCCUCGUUUAAUCACAAGGGACAGCCUUGUUUCUCAGUCAUCUUUUUGCUUACAAUUAAAUUAUGCUGAACAAUAUGUUGUAAUUGUGAUUACAUGAGUCUAAAAACCCCAAAUGUGGGCUCGUAGAGUUAUUUGAAACUCGUUUAAAACAACAAAUGCUUUUGACGCUGA